GUGGAUGGAGGUCUGGCUCUGUCAUCUCCACAUUUUUUUUCCCCCCACUCUGCAGCGGCGGCAAACAAAGAGCAAGAUGGAAAAGUCAUUGUGCACGCUGGCCGCCGUGCUUUAUCUGGGAGUGUUUUCGCACGGAACCGGAGCUCUGAUAAACGAUGCAGCGACGGAGAGCCCCUCGCUGUCCAACCUCACGACAGCUGCAACCGUGAACUGGACCGGGGCUGUCACUGUGGAGGGGCUGAGCAGAGCGACCCCAACGACAACUACAGAGACAAAGUUACUCAGCAAAGGCAAAAAGCCGGACAGCACAGAGGUCAGCAAGGACGUAAAAAACAAAAAAGAAGAAGAAGAAAAGGAUGAUGAUGAUGAUGAUGAUGAUGAUGAUAAAACACAACUGGACUGUCCGCCCCUCGGCCUCGAGUCCCUGCGGGUUGACGACAGCCAGAUUCAAGCCUCUUCCUACCAGCGAUCGGGUCUGGGCCCACACAGAGGGAGGCUGAACAUCCAGUCUGGCAUUGAGGAUGGAGAUCUGUAUGACGGCGCGUGGUGUGCAGAGUACAAGGACCAGAACCAGUGGCUCGAGGUGGACGCCAUCCACCCCACCCUGUUCACCGGGGUCAUCCUGCAGGGCCGCAACUCCAUCUGGAGUUGGGACUGGGUCGAAACCUACAAAGUUCAGCUAAGUAAUGACUCUGUAAACUGGCAACCCUGCAUGAACGGGACAGAAGAAGCGAUCUUUGAGGGGAAUCAGGGUCCAGAGAUCCCGGUUCUCGGACUCCUUCCUGUUCCCACCGUGGCCCGUUUCAUCCGCAUCAACCCCCAGACCUGGUACUUCAACGGGACCAUCUGCCUCAGGGCUGAGAUACUCGGCUGUCGCGUCGACGAUCCGUCCGAUAUUUACGCCUCGGAGCGAGUACCAGGAUCAAAGGACAAUCUGGAUUUCAGACACCACAACUACAAAGAGAUGAGGAAGCUCAUGAAGUCUGUGACUGAGGAGUGUCCAGACAUCACCCGCAUCUACACCAUAGGGAAGAGCUACACGGGCCUCAAACUCUACGUCAUGGAGAUCUCCGAUAACCCCGGCAAACAUGAACUCGGCGAGCCAGAGUUUCGCUACGUGGCCGGGAUGCACGGGAACGAGGCUCUUGGCCGAGAGCUGGUCCUGAACCUCAUGCAGUACAUGUGCAGGGAAUACAAACGGGGCAACCAGCGUAUCGUACGGCUGGUCACAGAGACAAGAAUCCACCUCCUGCCCUCCAUGAACCCCGACGGAUAUGAACAAGCUUAUGAGAAGGGCUCAGAGCUGGCCGGCUGGGCUGAAGGGCGUUACAGCUUCGAAGGAAUCGAUCUAAAUCACAACUUUCCUGAUCUGAACAACAUCAUGUGGGACGCCCAGGAGAAAGCAGGAGAAACAGCCAAGGUCUCCAACCACUACAUCCCCAUCCCAGAGUACUACACUAAAGAAGACGCCUUUGUUGCACCGGAGACCCGUGCAGUGAUCAGCUGGAUGCAGGACAUCCCCUUCGUGCUCAGCGCCAACCUCCACGGAGGAGAGCUGGUCGUCACGUACCCCUUCGACUGCACCCGCGACUGGGCCCCGCAGGAAGACACCCCCACGGCGGACAACGCCUUCUUCCGCUGGCUGGCCUCCGUCUACGCGUCCACCAACCUGGUCAUGGCCAACCCGGACAGGCGCAUCUGCCACUACGAGGACUUCCAGGCCCACAACAACAUCAUCAACGGCGGGGCCUGGCACACCGUCCCCGGCAGUAUGAAUGACUUCAGCUACCUGCACACCAACUGCUUCGAGGUGACCGUGGAGCUUUCCUGUGAUAAGUUUCCUCACGUCAGCGAGCUGCCCAUCGAGUGGGAGAACAACAAGGAGUCUCUGCUGGUUUACAUGGAGCAGGUUCACAGAGGGAUUAAAGGUGUAAUCAGGGACAAAAUCACCAAACAAGGAAUAGCAGAUGCUAUUGUCAAGGUGGAGGACCACGAACAUGACAUCAGAUCAGCUGCUGAUGGGGACUACUGGCGGCUCAUGAACCCGGGUGAGUACAAGGUGGAGGUUUGGGCCGAGGGUUACUUCCCAUCCGUGCGCCGCUGCCACGUCGGCAUGGAGCCGCAUCCCACCAUCUGUGACUUCACCCUCACCAAGACGCCCAUCCAGAGGCUGAAGGAGAUCCGGGCCAAAGGAGGGAAGAUCCCUCGGGACCUGCAGCUGCGUCUUCGUGCCCUGAGGCUUCGCAAGCUACGUGCCAGCACCAAGGCCAUAAACCGACGCAGGGAGAGUCAGCAGAUGCAGAGGAGGAGAGCUCGGUCCGCCGGAGCCUGGACAGUAUGAGAGUGGAUGCGACGAGGGGCUGAAGAGGCCUUAGAGAUGAUUUGGAUUAUAGGUUGAAGAAGUUAUGUCCAAUCUGAUAAAAAUGCCUUCUGGACAAAAGUGAAAUGUUUCUACUAUUAAAGGAUCAAUUCACUUAAUUAACGCAAACAUACUUGGAUAUUUUGAGAAUGUGGCACGGUGUUUGAGUGUACUGACCCUUUAAAGCAGAUUAUCGAACAACAAAAAAACAAAGGACAACAUGUCAACAGAAGACGUUUUUAAACCAACUUCUAAUCCAGAUGUUAUAAAAGAAAAAACUUCACAAACAACUUCUAUAAAUGGUGAAUUCACUUUCCCUGUCAGCUGGCCUGAUAUGUCACAUCCUUUUUUUUUUCUAAUGUUGUGUUUGUUUGUUUGACUGAAGUCCAACAAUUAUGACUAAAGCCCUAAUAAAUAUUUGUGCUGUCUAGUGUUA